AUGGCCAUGAAGAGGACCAUUGACUUUCACCUGAACGAUCAGCGGAAAAAAGCCAAUCUAUAUAGAGCGAUCAAAAACGAUUUGGGUAAUGACUCUAGUACCGAUGAAGAGUCAUUGAGCUUGUCACCUGCUAACUUAUUUCCUCUCAGUCAUUAUGCAAAUGACCCUGAACAGUUAAUACAACAAUUGUUUUCUGUUGUACGUGGUGAACGGCUUACUCGACUUAUACCACCGGAACUUAAGGAUAUGACAUUUGAAGAGUUGAAAGCAGAUUGUCUAAUUCAGUUAUUGUCCAUGUCAAAGAAGCGAGUGUUGGCUACAUUAGAAGGCAAAGAAAUGAAUUCUUCAUCAGACUCUGAUGACUCUGUUGAUGAUAAUAAGAAACAAAAUAAAUUAGAAACAGAAAAAAAAGAUGAAAUUGGCCAAAAGAGACAUCAUAAAGAAAAACGAAUGAAAUCAUCUAAAAAAAAAAAAAAUGAAACAGAUAGUGAAACUGAACAAGAAAAAUCAAAGGAAAGAGAAGGGAAAACAUUAUUAGAGAUUUUAGAAUUAGAAAUGAAAGCAAAGGCUAUACGUGCUCUACUUGGGCCUAGUGAAAAGGAUAACAAUACACAAAUUGAAGAAGCUAUUAAAAACGAUAUAAUUGGAAAAAAAAUUGAAGAAAAAAAUGAUGAUAACAAGAGUUGGAAUGAACGUUAUGAACAAAGAGAUGAUGUUAAAGAUGUAGUUAAGACUAGCAAGUUGUGUACGAAUAUGAGACGUCGCAUGCUUCUACACCAACAAAAAAUGUUGGCAGAUAGAGCCAAAUUAAAAGCUGCAGAAGCUGAAAAUAUUAAAUCUGGAGAUACAAUAAAAUCAAAAUUGGAAGAAAAAUUACAAAAUGUCUAUCCCAAAAACGAUGGAGAACAAUUAAAUGUUAAUUCACUAGAGAAAAACCCUUACAAAACUGUUAAAGAGCCGUUAGGUGAUUGUGAUACUACUCAGAACACUGAUGUUAAACUUCAGGAGACAAACAAAUUACAUAAUGAUGACAUAACUAAAAUAAACAGAGACAUUGCUACUAGUUCAAGUGAAGCUAGAAACACAAAUAACACCCAAGAAUCAACUGAUGAUGACUCACAAAAAAGUACAGAUUUUGAGAAAGUAUUGAGUGAAUACACACAUAAGAAUACCGAUUUAGAAAAAACUAUUAAUGCUUAUUCUAAAAAAAACACUGAUUUGGAGGAAGAAAUAAAUGAAUGUUCAAAGAGAAACGAUGACAUGGAAAACACUAUGAAUAAAUGUGCACAGAAAAAUUCUGAUAUUGAAUCAGCUAUGAAUAAUUACGCAGUGGAAAUCAAUGGUGUUGACGACAGUAUUGUCAAGGAAAAUGAGAAAAAAAGUGAAAUGGAAACUGCAAUUGGGAAAUAUUCACAAACAAAUACUGACCUUGAUUCAAUGAUCAACCAAUGUUCAAAAAAGAAUGUAGACCUUAAUGCGAUAGUUAAAGAAUAUGCAAAAAGGAAUUCUGAUAUAAUGACCCUGAUUAGUGAAUAUUCCCAAAAUAAUGUUGAUAUUCAAUCAGUUAUUGGUGAAUAUGCUAAAGGAAACCUAAAAUUGGAGACAAUAAUUGAUGAGUAUUCACUUAUAAAUGCUAAAAUCAAGACUAUGGUUAAUGAAUAUUCAGUUAAUAAUAGCAAUGUAGAAAAAAUCAUUGAUCGAAACAAUCGGAAACAGUUAUUAGUUGAUAAAUAUAAUGUGGAAUCAGCUGCUGGAAAUGCUGUGGAUGCAGAUUGUACUAAAAAAAUAAUUGAAAUUACUGGUGUUACUUGUGAAGCCUCAAACUUGGACAAUAUGGAAACUAAUAUUGAAUCAACUCACAAAUUAGUUGACGAAUUACUGAAUGAAGAAGAUAAAAAAGACUAA